AUAAUCUAGACAGAGUCCACUGAUGAAAUCCAUUUAGAAAUAUAAACAUUAAUGGACAAGGAUUGCUGAACACUUCUAUUUGUUUCUAUGGAGCAAGAUCUAUCCACUCCGAAGUAUGAGUCGGAGCAUGGUUCAAAUCGGCAUGGACGACCUUUAGUGAGAACUGUUGGAGAGAUUGGGAUCAGGUCAAUGGGUGCAUCCAGAAUAACCAGCACUGGAGCACUGGAAGUUUCUAGAACACAGCCCUCAACACCGUCUAGCGGACUGGAGAAGAACGAGAAUGGAUUAUCAGGGCUUGGCCCUUUCAGACCAGAUUCAGGAAAACGGAAAAAGAUUGGAUUGAUCAAAAAUGAGGCUGAAUCUAGUGGCGGAAUUCUGUACCAGCAGUUUGGAAAUAUUAGCAGAGAUGGCAGUGUCCGUCUUGCGAUUAUUGUCCAACCUGAGGUUCAACAUCGAGCUCGAUACCUUACAGAGGGUAGUCGGGGAGCGAUUAAAGACAGAGAGGGGUUGGGUCAUCCUGCAGUUAGGCUGGAAGGAUAUACUUCACCUGUAACUAUAGAAAUAUAUAUUGGUAAUGACACAGGGAAAGUGGUUCCUCACAUGUUUUAUCAGGCCUGUCGGGUUACAGGAAAGAACUCCUUUCCCUGCACAGAAAAGAAAAUUGAAGGAACUGAUGUUAUAGACCUGCAUUUAGAUCCAGGUGUCGAUAUGGUUCUUGUCUGCGACUGUGUUGGAAUACUUAAAGAAAGAUUUGCUGAUGUCGAAGCAAGGUUCCCGAAGCACAAAACUUGGAAAACGACAAAGAAAAAAUCCACGAAAUGUCGGCUUGUGUUUCGCACUACCAUAGUCAACCAGCUAGGAGAAACGGAGGUGCUGCAAGUUGCCUCUGAUGUUAUCAAUUGCACCCAGCUUCCAGGAACCCCAGAAAUCCUACGGUUAAGUACAUUGACGUCUCCAGUAUCAGGAGGAGGAGAACUGUGGAUGAUUGGAAAGAACUUUUUGAAAGACACCAAGGUGAUCUUCUCCUACUCCGUAGCGGGUAAAAAGGAACCAUUAUGGACAAAUACCUGUGAUCCUGAACCUGAAUUUCUUCAACAAUCUCAUCUUAUUACAAAGAUUCCUCCUUUUGUCAAUCAAGAAGCUGACACAGCUGCUGAAGUGAGUUUGUUUAUUAAGUGUGGAGAUAAGUUAUCUGAUUCUAUGUCCUUCACCUAUACACCUCUACCCAAGACUGAAGUGAAAGGGAAAGAGUUAAAUCUGCUUAAAGGUGUAUCUGCUCCUGCUGUUGCGAUCAAUGAACAGUUUGCAAAGUCAGGUUCUAUAAAUAUGCUGAGGCUAAAUGAUCAGGCAGAAUCAGUAACCAGGCCAACUAUCCUUGAACCUAUUUAUGAUCAUAACAAUAAGAAGUCCAGGCUUGAUUAUAGUGGAAGAUCAGCAUUGCGCCGUGCUAGGUCGGUUCCGCGUUCAAAAUCUAUCUCCAGACCUCAUUUAGUGAAUGAAGACACAUUGUUUGAGUCACACAUGCCCUUAGCUAACAAUACUGCUAUGUAUACAAACUUCUCUCAGGCACCUAUGUUACCUUGGAAUUCCUCAAACUCGGCUUCCAGCCUAGAGAAGGGUCAACCUCAACCUACAUCCGUUCUCCUUCUCUCCAGACCUCGCUUCCCUAAACCUUUAAUUACUAAAAGAUCAUUCUCUAUUGAAGAUGAUGAUUCCUUGAAAUCUGAAGGAUUGAUCAUUGACGAAACAUCCCGUAAUAGUCAUGGCGAUCAUUCUAGUAGUUUAACCAGUGAUUUUUCAAAUGUAUUUUCCUUCAGCACUCCUGUAGCAAAUGCAAGUGGAACAUCAGUGAGCUUCAGUGGUUUCAAAAUUCAACCCUCCCAAGGAAAAAGUGGAAUCAAUACAUUUUCGAGGAAUUCCUGGAGUGUUGACCCUUUGUUAGUCCCAUCCCCACUGGAUGAAAAGCCUCAGGAGUGUGCACCACUGAAGGUUCAAGAAAACGUAGCUCUCAGUGAAGGAACGGACGAGGAUAAAGCUACCAUUUCUAUCAGCUUGCCAAGAAGUAUUCUCGAAAACAAGAAACAUUUUCAAAAUGUGAUGGACACAAUCAACAAUACCCUGCUUAAUGGUGGCUCUCCGCCCUCUAAUGAAACAGUGGAAUCAAGAAAUAUCUCCGAAAUUGGGCUGAGAGAGACUCAAAAUCAAAACUUUUCACCCAACGGAUCUUUAUCCUCUGUUCCUGUAUCUGUGCUAUCCUUGAACAGAAAGCGAAACUUCUCCAAUGAACAGGAGCAAGUAAACUACUCAGCUGUGGAACAGGCUUCAAACUUAUUGGCUGAGAAUAUAAGAGAACAGAAGUGGAAUAAUGAAUUUAAUGAUGCCCUUCAAACUGUAAUUGAAGAGAAGAGAGCUGAAGCUGAAGCAUCUGCAAUCAGUGACACCAUGGAUUGGAACCAAGAAAAGAUGAAGAGUACUGGAAUGGGCUGGACAAAUCCAACUACUGCAGAGAACAAAAAUUUCUUUGAAAUAAGUUCCAACACAAACAUGUCGCAGGUGGAAAGUGUUUUAGGGAUGCCUGUAUCCAACCCUAGUUCCUCUCAGUCGUCAGACCCACCUCAAAGUUCAAGUUUUCCAGAAAAUUUGAUUUUGCCAUCAGAACCUGAAAAAGAAAUUUGUACUGAUCAGAAAAUGAUUGCAACAAUCUUACCUGACCUUGGUAACCUUAAUAACAGGCCACCUGAGAACUCAGAAAAAUUUGCCAACUCAGACCAGUUAACUAGUUCUCAGAUGUCUAGCCAGCAUUUGCAAUCCCCGGUUGGACAGUUCAUAUCCUCAAAACACAUGUUUGGAGGUAGUGAUAGCUCAGUCCAACGGUUUGCAGCUCCUAAACGGGGUCAAGAGUUUCAGACGUCUUCUUCAACUACCAGGUUUACUCUCUCUCAUAGACAACAGCUGUUCUCAGUAUUACAACCUCCAGCUUACUCCCCUCAGCAGUCGGAGCACUUCUCUUCAGCUCAAUCAUCACAAGCCUCUCCCUAUCCUACUCCACAAUCCUCAGUACAGUUUCCAUCUUCUUCAUACUCGGCUAUCUCUAAUCCUCCAGAGUUUAACUUCCAGGCUGGAUCUCACCAAUUUACUCAGAGUUCAAUGGAUGAAUCUAGACCCUCUGAGACCUUUCAAAGUCAAGGAGCUGGUCUGUUUCCUCAGUCUGGUGGAGAAGUAAGCAGACCAACAGCAGAACAUGCUACUUUUCCUGGUAAUCCCGGAGAGGCCGUCUUGCUCAUGGAUUCUUCCCAAUCCUAUCCAACCAAUAAGACUCGAGAGACACCAUCCCAGCAAAUGGAAACAUUAUCGAAUUUCACGGAGAUAAAUUCAGCUCCAACAUCUAGCUUCCAGUUUCAAAAUAAACCAAGUCCAGAGUCCAUGAACUUUCAGGAGAGUUACAAUGACCAAACUAUAGUCAUUGAUUCUGCUUCUAUAGCGCAGAAACCGUUGGACACAAUGGAUUUUGAGUUUGCAUCGUCUACAUUUCCCAAGGAGGUGAAAGCUGUGCUGGAACUUUACGAUGAUUCAAACCCCCAGAUCCAACGUGAUCCCCUACUCUCUGAGGCAUCUUCUGUGAUUGACGCCCAAAAAAAUCUUGAAAGUGCGCGAAUGGAAACAAAUUUCCUAGGCCAGGACAAUAAAUCCAGUUUACUGGAGGGUCAAGAGUGGAUUCCGCGCUCCACGCAGGCUGACCAGCUUUCGACCUGGAACUAGACUAGAGUGGGACCAGAUAUACCCAUUCUCUUUCCUUAAAGUAGACAAUCUACCCGUAGAUCUAGAUACUUUGGUUGAUAUUUAAUUGUAUAUAGGUCUAAGGUUAGUCAACUUUACAUGAUCUAUCCAGUCUGAACAUUUUCAUGAAAUUUAUACAAAUUAUACUCGGAGCUCAAUUAACAUGGCCGUUUUGUGUCCAGAAUUAUUAACCAUUUAUAUCCAGGCAUAUUUCGACUGUUGGGUACAGUAGAUUUUCAAUAAUCUCGUAGACCCUAAAAAAUAUAAUAAAAUGAUAAUUUUAUUAUUUGAAAAGUACAAGUUUUACAGAAUGCACCCCUCCGUUCCCCUCAACAUUAGCAGAACUGACAUUUUAUAUGUAAUGAAUUUGAAACUCACACUGGCCAAUUGUACUUUUAUAGUUUUAACUGACAAAUUUUUCACAAGAUAUUGCCAUAAAUUUUUUAGUACAUAUUCAUUCAGAUAUUGGGACCAAUAUGAUUGGAAUAAUUAUAUAAAUAUUCAAACAUGUUUUAACUAUGCUUUUUUUCUUAAUUUGUUUAUCUUGACACAAUGCUUAAACGUCGGCCUGUAAUUCAAAUUGUGAGGAGGGAAGAUUUAUUUUUUAUUUUAAGUUAGUUGUUCAAAGCUUUUUACAACUUAUUGCCCAAAAAAGUAAAAGGUUACAAAUUUAUAGUUCUUUGAAUUUAAAUGCUAAAACUUGUUUUAUAUUUGGUUUUCUAAGGGACAGUAAAGUUAAUAUCCCGCUUUAGUAGCGUUCGGGUCAUUCAAGGGUUGGUUUUAAUUUUAUUGUGUCAUAAUAAACUCAUUUGAGAAAACUAGGAAUGUUUCUAAUCUGGUGAUUCUAAAUUUUAGUUUAAAGGGAUUGUAGGAAUAAUUUUAAGUCUUUUUUUUCUCUUAUAAUUCGAUUUUUUGUCGUACACAGAUUUUAUUAUAGUGUUGUCCUUUUCUUGACGAAUUUUCUCAACAUGGUUAUGAGAUAUUUACUAGUUUUUUUCAAAACAAAUUUAAGUUUUUUUGCUCAGAAAUAUAAUUUAUGAGGCCCCCAUAUAUUUUGUUUCGAUAAACUCUUAUUGAGACGACUGUCCAAACCUGAAAAUGUAUUUGUCCUUUGUUUUAAUGUCGCAUAAUGUUAAUGUUGUGAAUCGAUUAUGGCACUAAGAUUAAAAGGCAAUUCGUUUCUUAACCAUCAUGUCUUAAAAACAAGAAUGCCAUGAAAAAAAUAUAUAUAUAUUAACAAAAAAUUUCCUUGAUAAGAAGUUGCUUACAAAUAAGAUUACAAUCCCUUUAACUUUGAAACCGAUGUUGUUCUGAAACCGUUGUUUUGAUGUACAACAGUAAGCCGAGCUUAAUAAAGAUAUUUAUAUUAUUGUAUUAUUUAGUCGGGUUUACAUUUAAUAAAAAUAUACAGAUAACAGAAUAA